AUGCAGUAUCUGACAGAAGAGAACUUGAAGUCGCUCCUUCAUAAAGAGUGGUUGGUCAAGAACGAUAACAGCAGAUCGAUUCCUUACCUUUUGAAGUUCUAUGCGUCUAUAGUUGAUCAAUGCUGCUGCAUCAUGGUCACCGACACGAGGCAGGUUUGGGGUGAAGUGCUUUCUAGUAAGCAAGUCGCACGAAGGUGGCGUGACUGCAAUUCCCAGCCGUCGCCACCGAGGGAUCAAUCAGACGGCGAAGAAGACGAAUGGCGGUUACAGACGCUCGACCUGUUAGCUUCUGCCCACAGCCCCGGGGGCAUCAUCGACCUGACAUUUGACAUCGUGGAAUCGAGAAAUGCCGACCUGGCCUUUGAAUUGGGAAGUGAUGACUUCAAGUGGCGAUGGGAGACAUACUACCUGGGCCCCAGGGUAUCAGCUGACGUGUUGUCACAGCAUCUCAUCAUGCCCCUCAUCAGCGUCACUCACCUGGCCUUCAGUUCCGCAGACCCUGUCAGCGAGCUGUCAGAGGCCGAUCUGGAAAAGCCCCCUGUGGACGUCUCCCGUGAAAUAGUCACUCGAGCAUCUUCUCAUUCACAGAAGGAAGAGCUUCCAGCCGCAGCAAAGCCUGCUUCGCGUGCAACGCAUGCCGAAACCCCUGCCCCUGCCCCUGCAGAAGACGACGAAUCUGCCACGGAGCCGGAGGCCUCGGCGUCGAACGUGGUACCUGGACAGGGCAGGACGAGCCCGAGUCUGAGCUCCCCACCGCGAGCUUUUGGAUCUGGGGCCGCGCCCAUGUCUCGCCAAGACUCUCCGAUACCGCACGCACAUGCCGUCUCAGCGAGCAGGGGCCCGGAGGAUGCACCGCCGGCGCGGCCCAAUAAAAAGACAAAACGUGUCGAGUCUUCGUCGGAAGACGAGAGCGAGGGUGACCGCCGGCAGAGGCUCGCCCAGCGCAAGACGGCUUCCAGAGGCGCGAAGCAGCCGCUGAAGCGUGGCGGAAGGCGGUUCUGACAGGAGAAGCCUGCGACGGGAGCCAGUGAGCUGCUGGCGUCGAGUCCGGUGCUCAGGGAUUCCAUGAUCGAGUGGCACGAUGGUCAUGGGAUGUCCUUCUGUUUGUCUAGCUGUACCAUCUCCUGUUAUCGUAGUUCGCCUUCCAUUUUGGCGGUCGUACGCCCUGGUGGGGCCAGGGCGUCACUGCAGCAGUGGUGCGACCCUCUGAAGACCUGUAGGGGCGAUUCCGACCGCUAUUCCGUGUUCUAUGGCAAGAGCAUGUCCAAGCGACGUCUGCACCCCCGUAGAUCGUGCACACGAGGGGGUUAUCUGUCUCGGGAGAAGACCGCUCCAAGCGGCGAUAGACCAUGGAAGCCAACCAUCUGAAUGGUGCAUCGUCCGGCACAUCAUGCCGGACUCGUUCCUGAAGAUUCGGACGUCAAAGUAUAAAGAGUACAGAUGUGGUAGGUAAUGGUACAAGGAGCGUGCGAGGGGAACUGCGGCAGAGAGGGCGGAUGGGGAACGUGCGGUCGAUAUGCAGGACCAGCUAGUAGUGGCGUCCGCGAUCAGCGUAGGGCCCGAGCUCAGCUUCCUUGCAGGUAUCGCAUUUCUCCUGAAUGAGGCUAGAGACUCGGAUGUAAUCCGUGUAGGUCUAGCAGAUAUUAGCAUCAGCCCCGGCGCCACAUGGACUGCCUUCUUAAGCUUACUCGAUUACACUUGCAGGGGUACGUCUCGGCAUGGGCAUGGGCACUGCUCAGCGCACAGUCGGGCCGACCGCAAUCGAACGUCUCGCCAGUGUGCCAGAGAGGUACGUUGUGCUGCUUAAAGCCUUAGACUUUGCUGAUCCACUGCGUUGGAAACGUUGACCGUACCUGACAUCCUCGAUGACGAUUCACGAGGCUAGGAAUUCCAAUUGGAAACAGGAUGACAGUGAUCGGGGAAUUGCACUCACAGAACCUGUUGACACAUCUGUACUGGAAGGCGAGAAGGCUCUGUUCCGGAAUAUCGAAGGUUAAUCGGACAAGGCGCGACACUCUCAAAGCUGACCUGUGGAUGUCGUUCGGGUGGUGAGGACGCCUACGGGGAACGAAGGAAUGUAGUCGUGCUUUAAUACGUCGAGGUGUGUAUUGAGGUGUGUGGAGCCCCAUGAUCCCAUUGAAUCACCUUCACGGAACCAUCGAUUCGGAAUGAAGUCGAGGGAAAGCCGUAAGCGUCACGAGUCUGUCUCUGGAAAAGUAGACGAUCAGCGCACACCCGCAGACAAUACGGUCUCUGCGGGCGGUCUCCU